CAGGCGUGUUGUCUGCACGGUUUCCCCCCACAGUCCUGCAGAUUGGUCAGUGGGCGGCGGUGGAGCAUUUAAGCUGUCCUUUUUCUACCACGAGUGCUCAUUUUCGUUCGGGACUUGGGGGCGUCAACGGUUGCACACUUCGAGCUACCAGCAGACUGUACUUACACUGCAUGGAAGGGUCACAAGAGAAUUCGUCAUAAUUUUGUAGUCGGAUUCUGUACCUUAACUCUUCAUCGAGUAUUGGAGUGGAGAACAAGUCAACCGAGAGUUAAUCGUUUCUCUGCGGAUUACAAGCCUAUAACAGAGAGUGCCGGGCAUUUAGUCAUUUCUCUCGGUCGUGGUUGUAUCGCCGCCAGUGCUAGCGCAGAUAGCCAUGGAAGCCGUGCCGUUACCCAGCCUCCGAUCGCCGCUCACGCUGGCAAGUAGCAGUCCCCGCAGUGACACGUCCUCGUCUUCUCUGUCGUCGUCGUCGUCGAUGAUGUCGUCGCCUAGCUCGUUGCUACCGACGACAAUUAAGGCGAAUUCACCCCAAGAUAUGGACGAGUCAGUGCAUACCGCUAGUGGUGCAGCAGGCACGCGUUCCACCGGCUUCCAACAUCACCAUCACCACCAUCACCAUCAACAUCCUCACGAAGCAAGCAUCGUGCUGAGCGUGCCAAGAGCAGCUACUGCCGCCGUACUGGACUCCAAAUCCACGGUAGAGCCUUCGGGUUCUUCCCCGCCGCACACCCUGCCCAACAACAACACCAUCCACCCUUUGAAAACCUACCACAUGGAGCCAGUUCGGACUUCCAACGCUCCCUCCUUCCUCAUACGGGACAUCCUGGGCGACAUGAAGCCUAGGGAAGCCAGGAGGGGCGUUGCUUCGGAGGAGGAGGAGGCAGAUGAAGAGGAAAUUGACGAGGACAGGGACUCGGAGUGCGAUGAGCGGACAAUGUACGGGGAACAUCGGGAGAAACUAUCGGUAAGGGGUUCAGACUCGGAAUCCCACAGGUAUCAUCACCACCAUCACCACAACACAGAGAACAAUUUGAAAAGACCGCAUAGCGAAGAUAUCAGCGAAGAGAUGAAAAACGGACACUGCGAUAUGGGAACAGGGAAGGACAACGAGAUCUCGUCCAGCCGUGAUAGCCACAGCCCCGGUAAGCCCAAGAAGCCUCGCAAGGCGCGCACGGCCUUCACCGACCAUCAGCUCAACUCCUUGGAGCGGAGCUUUGAACGUCAGAAAUAUCUGUCAGUCCAAGACCGAAUGGAGCUGGCUGCUAGCUUGAACCUGACUGACACACAGGUCAAGACGUGGUACCAGAACAGAAGGACAAAGUGGAAACGCCAAACAGCCGUUGGGUUGGAGCUUCUGGCCGAGGCAGGUAACUACACCGCCUCCAUGCAGCGGAUGUUUGCCCCACCCUUCUACUAUCACCCGACCCAGGGGAUUGUCUCUAACUUGGAUGGGCUAUAUAACCUGCAUGCCGGCCAGAGACCAGUGUUCCCCCGACUGUUCCUUCACGGACUCCAACAGCAUGUCAGUCAUCUACCGCUGGCCCCUCGAGCACUGCACCCCCACAGCCACUGACCACGAUAACAGUAGGGUGAUGAUGAGCCUGACUCAACCUCAUGCUCGUCCGAAUGACAUGUACCAUUCCUAACAUGCACACUUGCAGUUCUGGUGUGAGGUUCGGAACUCAACUGCCGUGGUGACAAAAGACAGUGAAUGACUGUUCCAUUGGCAUUAUCCAAGAACAUCUAAUAAUGCACUGAUUAUCACUCAGCACAAGAAUGUCAUAAUACGAAAACAUGCUCCAUCAUUUGUCAACAUCAGCAGCUCUUCUUCAAACCAAAAGCACCAUUUGAAGACCGAGAAAGUAGUUUACCUCUUUGGCUGAAGACCCCCGAGUCGUGACAAUUGGGUCUGAUGGCUUUCAAGUACCACUGUCUUUAUUUACGUAGGCGCUAUGUUUAUUAUGUUUUUUUUGCAUGUGAACUGGUGUUCGAUUGUGAAACAUCAGAAGUGGUCAUGUCCAAGCCACAUUUUUCAUUGUCUUAACAUAUAAUUACAAAUAUGGGAUCAAAUUAUCUAGUCCCAAAACAAUUUGAAUUAUUAAACAGUUUGAAAGAAAGUGGUUAAAUUUGGGAAGAGAAAUUAUCUUACGAAAACAAACAGCUUUUGCGAGAUACAGGUACCGAUGAAACUACUAAAUUAACCAAAAUAACAACUGAUGUAUCCCCCCCCCCAAGAAAAGCAGUAAAUUAAAGGAAUGCAGUAGAAAUUCAUCUACGGAUUACCGUUGCUGAAAAGUUUGCAUAUUUUGCCCGUAGCAAAACCAUAAAAUAUUUUAAUAGAAUUUCAAUGAUUUGCAGUAUCUUUAUUGAAUAGUUUUAUUUUAUAAAAACAGACUCACGAAAGUCAUACACGAAUACUUGCCGUAAAACUAUCCCCUUGCCUAUGCCUUUUACAUUUGUCGUGAAACGAGGAAUGACCACUUAAUUAAAUAAGCUUUUGGCAGUUCAGCUUUUGUACCAAUCGAACGCAAGGGAAAGAUUAUUUAAUUAUUUAAUGCGUUUUAAGAUAAAGUGGUGCCGGCUAACUUUACUGGCUUCGUUGAUUAUGAUUGUUCGGCUCAAUUCACUUUAGAACACCCGAAGAAAUCAAAAGUACUGAAAAUUAUCCUACGCAAACACACGCUGAAAUUUUGAGCGCGCCAAAACAAAAUAAUAGCUCAAGAAAUUAUACGGUACAUGACAAUUAUUGAACCGAAAAACUUCAACUAUACACUGAUUGAUUUUUUUAUGUUGUAAUUUUAAAAGGCUUAUAUGUUUAAAGAUUAAAUUAUUCUUGCCAUAAAGUGAUAAUUGGAAAACAAUGUGUUUUGAGCUCGAGAUCAUGAUGGACAAAAUAACCGGAUUAUCGCGCGCUACGAUCGCAUUUACCGACACCAUUGAAUAAUGGACGACAAAAGUCAUUUCGUCUAUUACAGGGCCUUAACCUAAUAAAUUGACGUUCCAUUCCCUGUGGAAAAUAUUGGAUGGAAAA